AUGACAAAAACGAUAACUGCCCACGAAUUGCGCCACCAUUGGAGAAAUCGCCAUGAGAUUGCCCUCCUAGACGUCCGCGAAGAAGGCCCCUAUGCAGAGUCCCAUCCUCUAUGGGCAUUGAGCGUACCAGUCUCGGAAAUCGAAAAGAAACUUCCACCUCUGGUCCCCCGAUUGUCUACCCCCAUUGUUAUCUACGACGAUGGUGAGGGGUAUGCUGAUCGGGCCGCAGCCCGAGUCACAGCCUUGGGAUACCAAAACGUUUCCAUUCUGGAAGGCGGGCUUUCUGCAUACGCACGUGUCGGCGAGGUGUAUCGCGAUGUGAAUGUGCCGUCCAAGGCAUUUGGCGAGCUUGUCGAAUCUAUCAACCACACUCCAUCCUUAUCGGCCCGGGAUGUCAAGAGUGUUCUGGAAAGUGAGAGUGAUGUCGUUGUUUUGGACGCCAGACGGUUCGAGGAGUACAAGACGAUGAGUAUUCCUCGUGGCCGCAGCUGUCCCGGUGGAGAAUUAUUGUAUCGCUUCUUUGAAGCUGUGCCUUCGCCGGAGACGAUGGUCGUCGUCAACUGCGCGGGUAGAACGCGGAGUAUUGUUGGGACGCAAUCUUUGAUCAAUUCUGGAAUCCCCAACAAAGUGGUUGCGCUGCGGAAUGGGACGAUCGGGUGGACUUUGGAAGGUCUGGACUUGGAUACUAAGAAGACGGAACGGGUUCCACGGCCUUCGGCUGAGGCGUCGCGAAGGGCACGGAAAUAUGCUGAAUCGUGGGCUGAGCAUGUUGGCGUUCCUUUCAUUAACGGCAGCCAACUCACUCAAUUUGCUGCCGAGGUGGAAGACAGAACUCUCUACCUGCUGGACGUCAGAGACCCGGAGGAGUAUGUUCUUGGUCACCCUGCGGGCUUCACCAAUGCCCCUGGUGGUCAAUUAGUUCAAGCUACCGAUGAAUGGGUCGGUGUCCGAGGAUCUCGUAUUGUUCUAUAUGACACAGACGGUGUGCGCGCACGCAUGACGGCUAGUUGGCUAUUCCAACUCGGAUGGGAUGUGUAUGUCUUUGAAGAUCAGUCCGGAGUACCUGAUGGCCUUCCGGUACCUCUGAGUCCCUCAUGGCAGUCUCCUAAGUCCGGGGCAAUCACGACCGAUGAACUUCAAAAACUCACAGCAGUGACCGUGGUUGACCUUGCCCGCAGCCCGUCCUAUCGCAAAGGCCACAUUCCCGGCGCAUGGUUCACUUCCGGGCCCGAACUUGCCCGGGAUCUGGAGACUAUAGAGGGUGACGAACCUAUCGUGCUGACCUCGCCGGAUGGUGAAGUUGCCGCCAUGAAUCUUGAGGAUGCCCGAAAGGCUGUGUCGCGGGAAAUUCUGUAUCUUGUCGGUGGGACAGAAGCCUGGGUGGCAGCUGGGAAUCCGCUCGAAACUGAGUCACGGUGGCUUUCCCAGCCCAUCGACGUGUAUAAAAGGCCAUAUGAGGGGACAAACAAUGCCCGCGAGAAUAUGCAAGGGUAUCUUGAUUGGGAGUAUGGGCUUGUUGCGCAACUGGCGAAUGAUGGGGUCGCUUGUUUCCAUGUUGUGCGAGAUACGCGUGUGCAAUGA